GCACUUCGUACCGGCGGUCAACAACCAACGUUUCUACUUUCCAUAAAUCAAAUGCUUCUCGUCCACACAAGCAGGUAGGGGCCACUCUGGUGUGAAGCCGAAACUCUAAUUUCGUGUGUCGGUCUUACCCCUCUAUUCAGCCGUUUUGUGCAGCUUGUAGGCCUGAAUUCCUCUGAUUACUUCAGAGAAGUACAUAAUUCCAUGUCGAUGGACAUCAAUAGGACGAUGAAUUCGAAACCAACCAUAGUGUUGGUUCCUGGAGCAUGGCUUCCUACGACGGCAUAUGAAGCUUACCUCUCAGCACUGGAACAAGAAGGAUACCCCACACUCGCAAUAUCAUAUCCGUCCUUCGAUCCCACAAAUCCAGCCACAGCAGACGUUGCUCAAGACUCACGGUCGAUACAUGGCAUACUUGCGCAUCUGAUCAACAAUGAAGAAAAACACGUCGUCCUCGUUAUGCACAGCUAUGGCGGCAUGCCCGGUUCCAGUGCUGCCAAAGGGCUUAGCGUAUCCUCGAGACGCGAGGCCGGUCUCCGGGGUGGGAUAAUCGGACUCAUCUACAUCGCCGCGUUUGUCGUGUCUGAAGGCGGAACCUGCAUAGGCAUGACCAGCGGCAAGUUGGCCUCCUGGAUUUUGAACGAUACGCCAAGGUUUGGACUCAACAUACCGUCCGAUCCUGUGAGAAUGUUCAAGCACGGCUUUGGUUCCAGGGAGGCAAUCGCUCUUGGGGCUUCCUGUAAGCCUCACGCCACAUUAGCCUUCACGAGCGCACAACCCCCUUCUGCGAUUGGGGGCGACGAUGACAGCAAUGCAUGGAAAGACAGGUUAGUAUACAUAGUUACCAGAAGGGACGAUGAGGUUUCAGCCAUAUCUCAGUUUGCUACAAUUGAGAGUCUGAAGCGUGGUUGUUUGAUCAAGGAAAUGGCAGAAGCGGGUCAUAUGUCACCUUUUGGCGGACAAUUUUUGGAGCAGAGUAUGAAGUUAUUUCGAGAGUCUGUGAAAGCAUUUAGAGAGGACUAAAUGCUUCUCGUUUUCUGCAUUUUGCCUCUGGAACAUCCCAUCGGAUUAAGUUGAACCCGAAUUGGACGGAAUAUCGUGCUAGAUCAAGCUUGACACAUGUUUAAGGCUUAAGUGCCUUGCUGCAACAUGAGCAAUGGAGUGUGUUAUCAGUGACAUGAAGAGGCAACCCAGUCUUGGGCUGUUAGCCGGCUUACGAGAUACCACGCAGGCUUGGUAUCAGCGAUCAGCCUGAAGUAUCCAUUCAAACCAUAGCCGUUGGGAUCAUUGUUGAAGGCGAAAGGGAUCGCGCUAAAACGUCUGGGAGAUGACAUAAUUCAAGGAAUAUAUCUGACGCCAUUUGGCAUAGCUGUCGCUUCAAAUCAAGUCGCCUCCCGUUUGGGGAGGCUUUGUUUGGCGUUUUUAGAAAUCGUAACAAUCUCGACGAAGAUCCUGAUAGAGGACUCUGAUAGCAAGUAAAGAGCUCGAUAUGUCAAUUCAUGCCAUGCACUUCGA